AUGGCCGAAGACAAAAGUGCCAACAAACUCUUUCUAAGAUGGUUAAGAGAAUGGUAUCAGGAUGCUAGUGAUAAAGAUUCGAAGAUGCGAUUUGUAUAUAAAAAGGCUAUUAAAUCAUUAUCAUCAUACCCGCCACCUAUUACCGAUGUCCAUGCGUUGAAGCAACUGCAAAAUUUCGGAGUUAAGCUAUGCAAAAGCCUUGGCGAAAAAUUACAGCAAUAUCUGGACGAAGGCAAUACACUUCCUACUCAUUCUGUAAAUCCAGUAAAGAAAGCGACACCACCUAUACCAAAAACCAGUGCCAAACAGCGUCCAAUAUCUAAAAGCAAUCGUCCUAGCAAGACUCAGACCAAGCAACCUCUAAAAAAGAAGGCAGACACAGCACGGCAAAGAAGAGCUGAUCGAAAAACAAGCGUUGAACCGGACGAUGAUAAUGCAAACCAAGACUUAGCGAGUACCAGUAGCGAUGAAAUCCUCUUCAGUACCGGAAUUGAUCAAUCCUCAGGUCGCAAGCAUCGCAAUACAGCACGUAAAAGUUGUCCCAUUAAUCUAGAUGACUUUUACACCAGCUUGAAAUAUUGGUAUAUUGAUGAGAAUAAGAAUACCGUUAUGGCAAGAAAGAAAUCUAAACUCAUUUUUAAUGAUGCAGGGCAAAAAUUAUAUACUAUCAAAACUACAUUUAGUCAACUUGUUUCAUCAAAGGUAAAAUAUCGCCUUGAUGAAAAUCAAGAUCAGUCCAACGAUAGCGAAUUCAUUAUUGCCUACCUCCAUCAUGAUUACGCUAGUGAAUUAUGCAAUCCGCCACGUGAAUUAUGCAAUCUGCCACGCGAUUCUACAUAUGAUUCACGUGCUGUAGAAUUUGGAUCUAGGGAAACUACAACGUCUUCGAGAAAAUGUGCAUUUAAGCUUCAGCCUGACUUUAUCUACGACAAACGCAAAUUACAUCUUGGCGACUUUCUUUGGGUAGCGAAAGAUAAAAAUAGUGAUAGGGAACUUGUAAUAGACUGUAUUGUUGAAAGGAAAAGUAUGGAUGAUCUCGGUUCUAGCAUUAAAGACGGCAGAUAUCAUGAGCAAAAGGUUGUAGACGACUUUGCUGUUUGGGUUACUCAAAGUUGGAAAGAAACGGCCGAAUUUAUUGCCGCUCUUACGAAAAGUCUUCAACAUAUGUAUCGGGGUAAAACUUUAUACUGUGCAGCAGAUCAAUGUGAUGUAGCCUAUGCUGAUGAUUACUUACCUACGUUCGAAAUGUUUAAUAAAAGAUUCGUGAAGAACAAGAAAAUGACUGUCAAAGAAGCAUUUGUUAAACUAUUACUUCCAAUCAGUGGUGCAUCACCUGAUAAGGCAUUUGCGAUUGUAAAUGUCUACCCGACUGUUAACCAAAAUAUUGGACACGCUCUCAGCAAAUCGAUAUAUCUGUUUUUUAAUACUGUAGCAACAUCAUAA